GGAAACGGUCAUAGUCCAGAAAUGGGAUAUGUCAAUUGGCCUUCCUGUCGAGUUAUAAGAACCAGAAAUUCGAGUUAUCGGGGUAAACGUUGGCCAAGGGAAGCGAAAAUCUGUUCGAGUUAGCGGGGUUUUCGAGUUAUCGGGGUUCGAGUUAUCCGGGUAAAAAUGACUGAAAAGUUAGUUCAAAUCCAAGGGAAUUGAGAUUCUGUUCGAGUUAGCAGGGUUGUUCGAGUUAUAGGGGUUCGAGUUAGCGGGGUUCUACUGUAUAUAAUUUGCACGGGCUCUCUUGCCAAGAGAAGGUGUCUAGGUUCAGCAUGCUUCUCAUUCCCCGUUACGGAACCUCCCUUGCGAUUUCGCACUGGAAAUUAAGGAUGGUACUUAUGGUUGAGCACCGAUCCAGCCGUCUCGACCAAAACAAGCCAUUUUCCGGACCAGUUUCGACUUUACUGUCUUCUUCAGCGGAUUUUACAGUUUCAGCUUGUCCGGUCGCUUACGCGCCGUUGGACUUGUUGCAUUAACUAUGUGUCACAACUCUUUAUAUACCAUAAAUUGACAAUUACGUGUAUGACGUGGGUUCAUCAAUAGAUUGAUUAAUGAGUUGUACUUAUUUUCCUGCACAAUUCUUUGGCGUUUUCUGUGUUAGCCUUCUAAAUGGCGUUGUCUUUAUUGACCUUACCUAAGGCAUUCGACACCAUUGAUCAUGAGAUCAUCUUGCGUAAAGAUGUCGUACUUGGGUGUCGAUCAGGCAGCUAUAAAAUGGUUCUCGUCGUACUUAAGUGGCCCGAACCCAAAGAUGUAAUGUCAGUGGCAAACUAUCAUCUGCUCGUACCCUCAGUUGCGGCGUGCCGCAGGGUAGCAUAUUGGGUCCUUUGCUAUUUUUAAUUUACAUUAAUGAUCUUCCCAACUCCCUGCGGGGCGCCGUACCAAGAAUGUUUGCCGACGACACCAACCUUACGUUAUCUGCUAAGACGUUAACAGAGCUUAAGCUAGCUCUAACCCCGAAUUAAAUAACCUUAGCUGUUGGCUGAAAGCUAACAAGCUCACGCGGAAAACAUAAAUUUUAAAUCAAUAGAUUUUAAAUCUAAAUGAAAACUUUAAAUCUAAAUGUCUCUCUAUCCUUACAAUUUGACGCUAGUUUGUGCUACUUUUAAAGUUUUAACUUAACUGCCACUAAAGAACCGUUUUUCUCUGAUUGUAUAAGCAGUGAUGUCUCUGCUCUUGCGCAAAUUUGUAUUACGUAUAUGACGUGGGUAUGUCGUCAAUUAAUUAAUUGAUGAUUAGUUGUUUUUCCUGAGCAAUUAUUUGGCGUUUUUGUGCAUAACGCGGAAAACUAUGACUGUUAUUGUCUUUCUAACCCCACAUUUUGAGGUUUACUUGUGCUGCAUGUGUCUUUCUGCAAACUUGUUUGUCACUCAGUAGAGAAUUGUUCGUUUCUGAUUUUAUUGGCGUUGGUGGCUUUAAACUUUCGUGUAAUUCUAUUCCAUUUACGUACAUGACGUCGGUGUGACCUGCAGUUAAUGAAUGAUUUUCCAGUAAUCGCAUACCCAUGUUUUGUGCACAGGAUUCUGGGAUCGCCAGGGGGCAAACAUUGCGAGUCACUACAAAGAAAUGUAUGGCGUGGAGCUGUUUCUCCGGUAAAAGCAGUGUCUUUGGACAGAGAAUGCAACAUUUUGCUGUGAUUUUAUGAGAAGCGGAGGUGACUAAUGUUGGUGCAAAGAAAUUGUAAGUUUUUGUGGGAUCAAUGCGAUGAAAUCUAUCGAUAAACACUGAUUCUUGCAAAAGUCGGCUGUGAAUUUAUACUGAACUAGUGGUCUCGAAAUAUAUAGUACUAACUUAGGUAUAAAUGAGCGGGGAAUGCGGACUCAUUUUAAGCCUUUCCAGUUGUACUUACAUGUGCUCAUAUUUACAACGAGUGUAAUUACGCUCCGCUCGGCGGCGAUCACAAUACUGUGCCGGUUUGUGACAACGUUCGAAGGUAAGCUUUUAUGUAUUGUCGAAUUUGAUAUGUAUUAAAUUUAAAAACAAAAACAUCUUCCGCACAUUAGUAUAUUGAUUUCUUCUCGCCAAAAAAACACAAGCGAAAUGUUUUGUCAUGAUCCUGAGAACCGAUGAAUUCUAAUGCGUUUCCCAAUCAUUUCGAGGGAAGAUAUAGAAUCUCUGAAUUUCGCACAUCAACUUGGUAUUUAUUUUCACACUCACCGCUUUUGUGUCGGAAAUCUUACACAUUUGUACGAUUUCUGCCUCAUCUACUAAUGGUUCAAUACCAUGUACUUUCCGUGAAAUAUUUUGUAGAUGUCACUUUGCUUAUACCAAAGUAAAGGAGGAUUUUUUAUUUUUAUGGCCACGUACAUACCUACGAACGUUGUCUUGUCAUAACCCGCAAAGCGCCGCACAGCGCUGAUCGCGGCCGAGCGUAGUUACACUCGUCGUAAAUAUCACCACACGUAAUUAUGGCUUAAACGCUUAAAUGAGCCAAUCCCCCUACAUGUAUACCUAAAUUUGCACUAUAUAUUUCGAGACCUUUUCUUCGAAUUCUUCAUGUCUGUGUAAAUUCAGUGAACAUAAAUUUCACACUCAACCUCACGCAAGGAGUGUUUAUCGAUAGAAUUUAUCGCAUUAAUCACACAGAAACUUGAACUUUCAACGCACCAACAUUAUUCACCUCCGUUUCUCAUAAAAUCACGGCAAAAUGCGGCAUUCUAUGUCCAAAGACACUGCUUUUAACGCAGAAACAACUCCACGCCAUACAUUUCUUUGUAGCGACUGGCAAUGUUUGCCCCCUGGCGAUCCCAGAAUCCUGUGCGCAAAACAUGGGUAUCAGAUUACUGGAAAAUCAUUCAUUGCUUAACGAGUGGUUCUUCUUUUUCGUGCUCAAUUGUUUGGUGUUUCUUGUGUUUAACGCGAUAAACUGUGAAUGUUAAUGUUUUUAUAUCCCCACAUUUUGAGACUUGCUUGUGCUGCUUGUGUAUUUCUACCAGAUUGCUUGCCACUGGAGAAUUAUAUAGCUGAAACUGUUUGUUAAGCAAUUAACUGCUGGCCACACCGACGUCAUAUACGUAAAUGGGAUAGAAUUACACCAAAGAUCAAAGCCACCAACGCCAAUAAAAUCAGAAACGAACAAUUCUCUACUGAGUGACAAACAAGUUUGCAGAAAGACACAUGCAGCACUAGUAAACCUCAAAAUGUGGGUUUAGAAAGACAAUAACAGUCAUAGUUUUCCGCGUUAUGCACAAAAACGCCAAAUAAUUGCUCAGGAAAAACAACUAAUCAUUAAUUAAUUAAUUGACGACAUACCCACGUCAUAUACGUAAUACAAAUUUGCGCAAGAGCAGAGACAUCACUGCUUAUACAAUCAGAGAAAAACGGUUCUUUAGUGGCAGUUAAGUUAAAACUUUAAAAGUAGCACAAACUAGCGUCAAAUUGUAAGGAUAGAGAGACAUUUAGAUUUAAAGUUUUCCGCGUUAACACAGAAAACGCCAAAGAAUUGUGCAGGAAAAUAAGUACAACUCAUUAAUCAAUCUAUUGAUGAACCCACGUCAUACACGUAAUUGUCAAUUUAUGGUAUAUAAAGAGUUGUGACACAUAGUUAAUGCAAUAAGUCCAACGGCGCGUAAUCGACCGGACAAGCUGAAACUGUAAAAUCCGCUGAAGAAGACAGUAAAGUCGAAACUGGUCCGGAAAAUGGCUUGUUUUGGUCGAGACAGCUGGAUCGGUGCUCAACCAUAAGUACCAUCCUUAAUUUCCAGUGCGAAAUCGCAAGGGAGGUUCCGUAACGGGGAAUGAGAAGCAUGCUGAACCUAGACACCUUCUCUUGGCAAGAGAGCCCGUGCAAAUUUUACAUAUAUAUAUAUAUAUAUAUAUAUAUAUAUAUAUAUAUAUGUACUAAAAACAAUGAAAAACGAAAGUCUUCUUUGCUUUUGCGCUACGCGUUUCACCGCUGUUGCGGCUCUUCAGGCAUAGCAAAGUGUUUUAUUAACUUAUUACGUCACAGACGUAAUUGUAAUUACAAUUAUAAUGGCUCUUGUAAUUCCUAGCACGCGCGAGCAAUUAGCGUAAUUUCAAAUCAUUAAGAACGGGUUUAUAUUUCAAAAUAAAAAACUUCUCUUUGUUUUUUCUCAUGCCCUCAGAGGGGCUGAGAAUCUUGUAAAACGGAAAGAUAGUAAACUGAGCAGUCAAUCCCGCCGCACAUUCAUCGAUAUGCUUACUGACUCCCAGCAUACGUGUGUGCGGGUCUCUGAUUUGUUGUUUGUGAACUGUCACUUUAUUUCUCAGGACAUCACCCGUUUCUCCUUUAUAAUUAUGUCCACAUCCUGCACAUGUUGUUACGCAAAUCAAGUUCGUUUAGGUGCAGUUCAUCGAGUGUUUUAUCCGAAAUGUUUCAUUUGUGGCGGAGAAGGUAAAUUCUUUACCCUGUUUUAAAUAGGGGCAUGUUCCGCACCGUUUUGUUCCACAAAUUUUAACUUCCGGAUCAGUGUCCUUUAGCCUGGAGAAAUAGGAGUUAGUUAACAUUCGUUUGAGGUUUCUGGGCUGUCGCUGACUGUGAAUUACUUUAGUCUUGCUCAUAAUGGAUUUUAAUGAGGAGUUUUGGUUUAACAUGGGGAGUGUUCUCCUGACCAGCUGGAAUACUUGCGGAUUGUUGGAUUGUAAGUUGUUACCAGACAAAGGAGGUUAUUUUCGGUAGCUUGCCCUCUCACCCUUCUUAACUCUUCCGUUGUCGGGGUGAGGGCUUUGUUUACACCGUAAUCAAUGAUCUCAGCUGGAUACUGUUUCCUCAGCAGGUUCUGUUUGAGAUCGUCUAGUCGCCUUUUCCUUAUGUCCUGGUUUUCAACAAUCAUACAUAUCCUCCGAGCCAGGUUGUAUUGUAUGUUAUUUUUAGUGUGUCUUGGAUGGCUGGAUGUAUAUGGGAGGUAUUGGAAUGAAUCCGUCGGUUUAUAAUAAAUAUCGGUUGUUAGGUGAGUUUUGUCUUUUCUUAUCAUCACAUCAAGGAACGGAAGUUCUUUGCAGCUAGUUUCAGCAGUAAGUUGAAUGCUUCCAUCUAAGCUGUUUAAAAUAUCGUGAAGUUCCUUUAAUUUAUCCUCACCGUAAGGCCAGUUUAUGUAGCAGUCAUCCAAGAACCUUCUCCAGUUUGUGUAAACAUAAUGGCCUAUUUCUUCUCCCAUUUUAUUAAAGACCUGACUGUAGAGUUCGUUCUCCAAAUAUCCGAGAACAAGGGUUGCAUAGCUGGGAGCCAUUUUCGUUCCCAUCGCAGUACUUUUCUUUUGAAGGAAUAUUCUAUCAUCAAAGGUAAAAGUAUUAUUCGUCAGUAUUAAAAGGAUUGAAUCGAUAAUAAAUUCUUUGCUGAAACGUGAGUUCAGGCUCCGUGGGUGUUUAUUGAUCCAGUAUUCCAUGGCCUUUACGCCGAGUUCGUGGUUGAUGUUUGUGUACAAGCUGGUCACGUCAAAGGAGACUAAUAUUGUACUUUCAGGUACUAUCCUUGGUAAAUAAUUGAGGAAAUCGAUAGUGUCCCUCAGAUAACUUUGGACAUGUAAAGUAAACGGCUUGAUAAGGAUGUCUACAAAGUUACUGAGUCUACUCGUUGGACAUCUAGGACCAGCUACUAUGGGCCUAAAUUUGAGAUCUGCGGGCCUGAGAACUCUGAUAUAUGGUUUCUUUUGGACUUUGGCUUCCUGACAAAUGAUCUUGCUUUCAUGUAUCUUUGGAAGGCCGUAGAAACCACUGGUUUUAAAAUCGAAGUGACAGAGGUAGUUAACCUCUUUCUCUGUAAGGCUGUGACUGUGAUUACCUGCUAACUCCUUCAUAAGUUUCAUAACGACUUUGUCCUUGUUCACGGUAAUUUCCUCAUAUGUUUGUGAGUCAUUCAGCAUUUCGAGUAUUUUAUCGGCGUAGUAUGUGCGGUCCAUAACUACGACUGCCCCUCCUUUGUCAGCUUGGAAGAUAAGUAUUUCAGAGUCCUCUCUAAGCUCCUGUAGGGCAUUUUGUUCCUCUUUGGUUAAAUUGGAACGUUUGGUGUCUUUCACCGUUAAUUCUUUAAGUGGAAAUUUCGUGAGGAAAUCUAUGUAAUUGUCUAGGGUAAUGUUUCUGUUUCUAGGAGGGCAGAAGUUACUUUUAUUUUUCGCCAGACUUUCGUCGGUGUCUGAAGCGUCCGAUUUAUCCUCGAAAAAUUCUUUUUUCCGUAACUUCGUGCAGAAGUUUUGUAUAUCGGGGCUAAUUUCACACGUCUUUUUUCGGAGUCGGAGUAAACUUAAGACCCUUCGAUAAAAGUUUGAUCUGCCCUUCUGUAAGUUCUUUAGAAGACAGAUUCACUAUCGUUAAAUUGCAAAAACCUUCCUCACUUGUCAUUUCCCUAGACAGCUCCAAAAUCAUGUUUGAUUCGGAUUGCUGUACCGGCCCUGCCCUAAAAAAGGCCUCCGGUUGUAAUUUGACCUACCGGUGCUCCUAUCAUUAUCCUUACUGGUACGAUUAUUGUUACGAACCCUGCCGUUUCCACUGUUACGGUUAGAGUUCCUUUCCUGUGGUCGACUUCUUUGUUGACGAUUAUUUUGAAUUGAGUUUCGCUGUUGUCCCUUCUUUCUUCGUUGUUGCGAGACUCUGUUGCCACUAUUUCUACUAUUAGCGGUAUCUCUGUUCCUGUCACUUGCGUUGUUGAAGUUUUGGUUGUUCUUUCUGGGGCGGCUGUUGUUUCGCCGUCUGUUUGGCGGUUGUCUCGCAUUUCUGCGCUUUCCGCGCCUUUGAUCUUGGUUUGUUGGCGGGGUAGGUGCCGCAUCCUCCGAGUUGGCGAUAUUUUCUCCGUUGCAUGUCUUCGAAUUUCUUAAACCAACUUUUCUUUACUUCCCACAGGUUUUGGGAAUUUUUUCUCUUGCUUUUUACAGUCAUUCCUCCAAAGCUCUUGGAGUUGUUGGCGAACGUGGACAGAAGAGAUUUUUUCUAUCUCAUUCAGCAUUUCUCUGUCCUUUUCUUCGAAUUUCGCUUUGUUGCAUACUGCUACCGCAUCGUGAAGUUUGGCCUGUGCCUUCAUCUUUUGACAAACUGUGAUAGUUGAUUUUACUUUCCUUAUUACAUGAUUUGUAAAUCAAAAAGAGCAAUCAGUUUUCAUCCACUCAUUUCAAUAAAAGCAAAUGGCAUCACUUCUCACUAUAACGGAAAACCUCGAAUCGUGACUUCGUCGUAUAAAUAUGCGGCACCGAAGAAACACGAAAAAGCUAACCCUUGUUGAUCAAAUUAUUUUAAGGGUUAAACUCGAAGUUUUAUAAGUGUAAAAGAAUUAUAAUUUACUUUUACCGGUAUCACUUGUAAUAAUAGUAAUAGUAAUAGUAAUAAUAAUAAUAAUAAUAAUAAUAAUAAUAACACACUUUAUGCAAUGGUUAGAAACCUGCAAUAAAGAGUACUUAUUUUCUUGUGUUCUAGGGUCGUAGGGGCUUGGGUGCCAUCUACACUUUUGCAGCCGGCAAUGGCGGCAUAACGCAAGACAGUUGUGCUUACAAUGGUUAUGUUAAUAGUAUUUACACUAUUGCAAUCAAUGGAGUUAACAAGGACGGUUCCAAUCCAUCCUAUGCUGAAGAGUGUCCUGCAAUCAUGGCCACGGCUUACAGUAGGGACACCCUAAGCGGUCUUGGAAAAGUUGUGAGUAAAAAAUAUCUUCAUUCAAGCCUGUACCUUGGGAAUGGCUUACUAGCCGGAAAAUACUGGUUGUCUAUUUUACUCAGGUUUGACCAGCUAAAAUGUAGGUCAAAAUAAAGUUGGUGGCGAAAAGUGUUUAUCAUAUGGUAAAUUUUUCUUAAAAAGUGUGGUGUCUCUUCUUAUGGCAGUACAGUUCAUUCACAAAUGUAUAGAUUUAGCCAGGGCUAAAAGUGAGGCUCCCAUUAAUAAAUUUAUAAUUUAAAUCAAACAAUAAACUUGUAUUCCACAAUUCAGUUAACUUUAGAGCACAUUCGUGUGACUUUUCAGGGAAAGGCUAAGUGAUUUUACAAAAAAUAAUUUGCAAACAGCCCAAGAGUGAACCAAAUCUCACAUCGAGUUGAUAGCCUCAUAAGUACACCCAAAAACUGGCAAUCAUCUUCGAUCACAUUUAUAUUAAGAGCCAUAAUGGCUCUUGAUCACCGUAGAUUAAUUAGGCCUGGAAAAAAAUUCCGGCCGAAUUUUUUGCGUUCGACAAGUUUAUUUUACAAAAUCUUGCCAACAAAUCUCGGUGCAUGUAAACCAACCUUUUAUAUCAUUUAUACAUCACAUCUGAGGUGAAACAGUACUAUGAGACACUGUUUUUAUCAUACAGACCUCGGACAACAGAAUGCCGUAUUUCACAACUUUGCGAUACAAAUUGCUAUUCAGGACGAUCGAAGCAUGCGUUGGCUUUAGCCGUAAACCUUUGAAAAAAAUUUCAAAAUCAUCUAUACGGCCAGCCGGUUCUGACUUUUACAGUGCUAGCAGUGGUGAGUGUUUGAAUGAACAUUAACAGAGUUAAGCUCCAACAUAAAGAAUUUAUUAUGUUUAUUUUUUAUUUUAAAACGGUUUAACGCGCGGCAUUUUGAAUACUCCGGGAAGCGUUGUUUACUGAACGACUGAAAACAAUCGGCACAACGAUUAAAAUUACAAGAGAGAGUACUAACAAUCAAUAAAAGAAAUAUAAUUCGGUGAAACAUAUACAGAGACGACAAUUUUCAUUCAGGAAGACAAGUAUUAAAGUGUCUCUAAAAAUCCUGAGUGUUCGAGCUUAAAGCUGAAGUUUAUGUUUUAAGCCGGCUCUCCGGUGUUUGCUUUUUUCAAAGACGAACUGGAGGCAAGAAAAUCGCUCAAACCUUUCUUUUACAGCCAGAAUUAUAACUAAAUAUUUUUUGAAACGGUUUCUUUCUAUUUGCGGUGAGAAAAUGUCUAAAGGCUUUUUAAAGAUCUGUAAGCUUAUAACAAACCUGACACUCGGUCAGAUAUUAAGAUCAUUGUCUCAAAUCUUACAAACGUGCGUAAACAAAAAAGGCGCAUAAACGACGCUCGACUUCAUUAAAUUAGAAAUAAGAAAACAAACCUCAAAUACAAUAAUUACUUAGGCUUACCACUCGAGAUGCAGCUCCUGAAAGGUAUCAAGUAAGGCCAGUAUCGCUUCAGACUUUGCAACCCUCUUACGCAUUAACUGGCAUUAAGCAAGAUGAAAACGAAAACGAUGCCAUCCGAGUCGGAUUUCCGACUUUGACUCAACCAAAAACCCAAUAAACAAAUUAGCCAUGAAUAACAGAAGACUCCUGAUAGCAGCUGAAUUUCAUUUUGUACAUCCAGUGGAAAAAGAAAAAGGACGGUUGCUUUUGACUUUUCUCGCCAUGUUCACGCGUUGGUCACUGUGGGCUCUGGUCUUGCAAUGUAGAAGUCCCGAAUUGUGGCGAUUGUGUACCGUUACGGGGAGACCUCAACCUUAUCCCCACGGCUUUGCUGUUUUCUAAGGAACGAGGCACCUGGAAUCCUUGUAACUGAGUAGAGUGUCGCUAAAAUUUUUUUCGAUCACAGGUCAGGAUUUUAAGACUUCCUCUUUGGCGACUAGGUGGAUCAGUCGCAAAGUAAAGUACAGUGGAAACCACCAUACUAUCACCUCCUUGUUUCGACCAACGUUUUGUGGCCCGAGCAAGCCAUUUUCUUAUUCACCAAGCGUGCUAAUAUGACCAUACCGUUUUCACAACCAACGACCAUGUUUGCGAGUCCUCGGCAGUCGUUUACUCCCUACAGUUUUUCCGGGAAGUUUAAAAAUGUUCACUUUCAGUGAUUGUUGGUGAUAGUUUUAACCUUAGUCUUCAGUCAGCAGUUUCCUGCUCAACACCUUGACUCUAUAAUAAUUGUUUUUAUUGGUAUUGUAUACAGGUAACUGUUGAUACAGGGUACGAAUGCCUUGACGAUUUCGGUGCAACGUCAGCAGCCACAGCAAUGGCGUCAGGGCUCAUUGCACUAACUCUUGAAGCAAAGUAGGGUUGCUUUAGAAUUUGUAUGUUUACAGUAAUAUUGCAUCUAUUAAAGGCUUGUUUAUAGUGGAAGGUGCACUUAGCUUAUCCAGCUAGUUAAUGGGCACUGCACUCAAAUACUUAGAAACAAAUAAUUCAAAUGCAACAUAACAGGAUUAAAAACCCCAACUGACAGGAGACAACCAGUUGGCUAUUUACAAGCGUGGCUGAAGAUUUGAUCUAGGGACGACCGAGAACAAAUUCCGCCGUAGCGGGACUCGAACCCGGGACCGCCGGAUUGCGAGUCCGACACGCCAACCACUCGGCCACGCUGCCUCCUGAAACCAAGAUGUUAUCUGAAGGUCUCUUGCAGUAGCGUUGGCUGUACCUUUUUGAGAUAAAAAUAGAAGUCAAUGUUUCUUUAGUUACAACAGCUGCCACGGAAAGUACCUCUCAGGGUUUGAUAUGUUUUUGCGAUUUAACUUAAGGGGGCUUCCGGCAAGUGUUAAUUUAUGUCUUUUAAGUAACUGUUUUCGUUUCCAAAUUGCAAAAAUGUCAGUCAUUUUUCUUCUCUAUAUAUCUUAUUCUCAGGAUUGAGAUGUAAAGUUCUAAAGUAUAUCCUAUCUCUGUGUUAUAGCAAAUGCUCUUGUGUGAGUGCUAAAAUACCACCUUUUUUGCAGCAAAAUUUUGAGAGGCUUCUGAGUGGUGUAAGGGAUCGUCUCAUUUGGUGAUUAAUACCACAGUGUUUUCAAGCACUGGGAGUCAUGACAAUAGACAUGCGCCUCGAUUAUUUUUAUAUCCAGUCUUCUCUUUCUCCAUCCCCAAAUUUUAAAUGGCGACUGGGUCCGACUAUAUGCUACUUAUUGUUUUCUUUAAAGCCCGUCUCUUACAUGGCGUGACGUACAACACGUGAUAGCUAGAAGUGCAACACCAGCACCAAGUGGGGUCCUAUUGAAAAGAGGAGACUGGGUGGCAAAUAAGGCUGGUUUAACAGUCAGCAAGUUUUAUGGCUUCGGUCUUAUGAACGCUGGUAAGAUGGUGCACUUGGCGAAACAGUGGAGAAGAGUGCCGCUACAACUGGGUUGUGAAAUGAAGGGACAGCAUAAAUCCAGGUUUGUUUUGUGGUUUACUGUAAAGUUUUCCGAUAGUACAUGGUGCAUCAGGUACAGUGUCUAAUAAGGUCUUCUUUCAUGGGAUGGGGAAUGGAGUGCGGAAGGGAUGCACGCGCAUGAGAAAUUUAGGACGCAAAUCGUCCCCCUUUUGGUCAGCAUCGUUUAUCUCGCACCCCUUUUUUAUGCGCCUUUCACGCAGGCCAAUAGUUGCUGUUCUCAAAGAAAUUGACAUAAGAUGGCAAGCAGUGUCGUCGUCGGAAAACGAAAACCUACAAUGCUCGUGAAAGUUUGUUGGAAAACGAGACUGAAAUUAAGGAUUUCCCAUGUGACGCCUUCCCAACCAACUUAUUUUACUUUUCUCUACAUGUACUUCUUCUCGCCCUCCCUAAUGUUCAGAUUCGCGUUCAUUCGCAAAUGGGACAUACUUGAAUCAAACAUGAGGAGGGCUUAACAUGGCAAGUGUAUCAAAAAAUGUGACGAGUUUUGUAGACUUGCUCACAAGUCAACUUUUUUGAUCGACAAGGUCGGAAAAACGAGUGCUUGACUUCGUUAUUAAGUCGCGUCUCCCUUCCUGACUGAUGACCCAACCAAAGCAGACUUUUGGAAAAUCUAGAGAAAAGCACAAGGCACAAUACGUUUCCCGGGUUUCGCCAGGGGCUUACAUGAACGUGGUUCUGAAUGUAAACCAUACUUCGGGCCUUUUCACGAACAUUUGAGGUUUUAUCUUUAUCUGGGCUUGAAAACCUUUCGCCCUAAUUUUCACUGAUUGUUGACGAAAAAAGAAACAUUAAUUUGAGAUGAAACGUUUCCAUCUAGACUAGACGAUUGUGGCUCGUUUUAACCAGGUAAUAAAGGCGUUUGUGUUUCUGUGCCUCCCGUGGAGAGAGUUACGUAGUCAAUCACAAAUAGAACUUUGUUGCUGCUACGUUACAAAAAAAUUGUUUCAAGUUUUAAGUUGUGUGUAUAUGGAGUUACGGAUGUACUUGGGAAGUUUGGAGAGAAAUAAAGUAGCACUCUCGCGCUCUCCAAACUUCCCUCGUACAUCCAUACAUAACGCUGAGCAUCAACCCAUUCGUAACGGCUUAAUGGCUCUCUUCUUCCCCCAAUUUUACCUCAGCCAGCUUUGCUCGCCUUACGCCAACCAUAAGGCUUGUUUUCAGGCUAUUUUUGGGAGGCUACAGUGGAGAUCGAAACAACUUGGGAAGGCUGGAAAAAACUUUUCCAAGUAAUUGUUAAAAACGACUCUGCUCCUAAUGACCAUUUUGUGAACGGCUUGGAAUGAAUCCCUUCAUCCCCGCAGCAAUGUUGCACCCCCAAAAAGGAAUUAUUUCUACCCAUUUUGCUCAAAAUUCAACAUAGUUUGGGGGGGGGGGGUCGCCUCUUUUACUAAUAUCAGUGGACAGGUCCUGACGCUUUUGACCUCCCUUGCAGUUGCUACCUAUGAUAAUGGUAUUUGGACGUUCUAAAUUUUUUUGAGAAAUAAAAAAUUGCUUCAUAAUACCGUCCUGGUCUUAAUGGAAGUCCCUAGCCUCUACACCCCACAAGGGGAGCGGAUAACCAUAGUAUGUCAACUGGAACAACAAUGGCCGUUGCAUUUGCUAACAUCUUCAUGGCGAAAAUGGAAAACAAAGACAGAGCCGCAUGACUCUUUUUGGAACGCAAGUUUAGAUGAAAUUGAGAGGUUUCUGACACCUUUGUGCCCAACUAAGUAAUCUAUCCCUGACGUGCAAACACAUUACAAACGUACAGAAACCUUUUAGUACAAGACUUUUUACUCGUGUCACUCACCGGGUGUAAAGAAAGGCUUUUUUUAAGGGGAAUCGCUGACCCUUUUCAGCACCAAUUCCUCUCAUCCAGUUUUAAGGAAAACAUUCAGAAGUUGAAGAGCAGAGGCUUCCCAGCAAAAAUUGUGAAAAAGGUCCUCUCUGAGGUGACAUUUGCCAACAGAGGGACAGCUCGGCAACAGGGAAACAAAUGUUGACGUAGAAACGUACUGCAUUUUGUCACACAAUAUCACCCGGCCUUGCGAAGAUAUUGAACGUGAAAUAGAGACAACCAAAGGCACCUAAGAUAAAUUUUAAGGGACCCCCUCCCCGCCCCUCAUCAUAUUGCAAGAGAAAAUCACUUAAAUGAGUGCCUACACCAAGUAGUUACCCCUUUUAGUUAGAGUGAAGCUCUGAAGGCUCUUAGAGUCCUUUACGAACAGCAGGAGUCGAGGAAGCCCGUCAAAAAUUUUUUUUUUUGUAUUUUAAUGAAUUUUUAUUUUGUUAUGCAUUACAUUUUUUUACACACUGAUUUAUGAACAUGUAGGAAAAAUACAAAAAAAGAAAACGAAACAUAUACUAUACAUCGUAUGCAGACUCAUACACAAUUACAUACUGACAAAAAAGAAAGAAAGAAACACACCCCAGUACCUUUUUCUCUAUUUACAUGAAAAAAAAAAUUAAUAAAGAUUAAUAAUAAAUGAAGUAAGCGGCGAAAGGAUCGUAUGCUAAUCAGAUAUAUAUUUGCUCCAUUUCAAAAUGUUUUUACUUGUUUUGCAAAGUAUCUCGACAGGUUAAUUGUUCUCCAUCACAGUGGAGAGUCGUGAGUCUUGACAACCUUACUUUUCUCUCUCCUUGAUUCCCCCUUUGAUGGUUUCUAACCACCCUCUAGUUUUCCACUGUUCAGAAGUCGAUUUUCGAACGAGUUCUACUCGUAUUUCUUUCGGUAGCUUGGACAUGAUAACAGAUUUUAAGACACUCCAACUGGUAAGUGACGAUAAUCCUCGCACGUGGACGCUAAAUUUAUCGUAGAGAUAUCCAAGAGACGAUGAAUGAUCACUGGUGCAGGAUAAUUUCUCUGGAGUGGAGUUUUGAGGAUUUUCGUCAUGUGCGCGUAAUAUAUUUGUUCUGGUCUUCCAAAUCGUUGUUCCAGAAUAUCCACCGCUGAGUCGUACUCAGAGCUAGUGUAUAAGCCUUUGAAUGACUCGGCCGGCUUGCGGCAACUUCUAAACGUUAUUUUAGGAAGGGAACUUCUUCGAUUUUAUAGGCAACUGCGCUAAGUUUAAACCGGCUCGAGCACAAUAUUUGCGUUUUUUUGGUUAUUUUUGAUAAAUUUAAAAGAGCUUUUAGUUUCAAAUUUUCAGUUUUCUAUUAAUAGAAUCUUCGUCGCAUUUCAAACAAAGCAAAGCCUGCAUUAUUACUCAUUCAAGAUUUUUCUGUUUAUUGAUCUACAUUAUUCCUCAUAUCAUUCUCAAUGUCAUCCGAUAACUGCUGUUUAUAAUAUAAUUACUUUUUUAUGCAAGUUAAAGUAUACCUUCUUAACGUCGGGUUACAGUACAAUCCGUUUCGGUAUUUUCCCGUUAUUCGGGAGUUAUGCAGCCCACGCCCCUCAUUGCGUUUCUGAAUUUCUUCUCUCAUGACUAUUGGGUGGUUACUUUGACAUUUCAGUCAAUUUCAUGACCAGCUAUAAGAUUAAAAUUACCUGAAAUUGCUUGAUCUACUUUUACUUCCCAGAGUAAUCCCAUCAGAAGUUUCCAUAACAGUGGACAGUUGUGACAUCAAAUACUUGGAACACGUUCAGGUGAAAUUGGAUCUUGAUUUUGCACGCCGUGGAGACUUGGGCCUGGAGCUGGAGGCACCGAGUGGCACGAAAUCACCCCUGACUCGUCGGCGGUAUAUGGACAACUUGACGGGGUACAGAAAUUUGACCAACUGGAUUAUCACCACCGUAUUCAACUGGGGAGAAAAUCCUAAGGGUGACUGGACGCUCAAAAUAGUCAAUUUAGAUCCAAAAUAUCAAACAACUGGUAAGUACUUAUUGGACGGUUUCUUUUUAUCUGGAAACCAUGCCUGUAAAAUUUACUGAAAUUACUUUCCUAGCGCAUGGCUCUGAGUCAUCAGCAGUGUUAGGGAGCUUACAUAAACGCGUUUUUGAGCAACUCUCGUUAACCGGAAGUGAAGCCUGUACGGAGUGUCUUUACAAUAAUUAUUAUAGAGACGAUUUGCCCGAAACUUUAGGCAAAACCACUGCCCAAGAAUGCAAAGUCUACUUCCGGUAGACCUGUGUCGCUCAAAAACGCCUUUGCUUAAGCACCCUUAUAUAAACAUUACAACGGUUGGCAGAAACUUUAGCAACGUGUCUUGUUCUUAGUCCAUGUUUCCAACAUUUUUUCAUGGGUGCAAAAGAGAAGAUAGUAGGUUUUGAGCGAGGUAGUGAAAUAGGAAAUGUACUAGUCGUCAUGCUAUGUGUGUUAGACAAAGAAAAAUUCAAGUUCCCGACGGGAUUGUAAGGGCGUCCCAAACCCAGGGCGCGCGCUUUAUUGUCUACUGAGCUAAAGGAAGACAUUGCGGAGAGCUAGGGGAUUAAAUCGAAUUGUUUUUGCUUACAUGAAUGGUUUUGGUUGAGACUUGGAUACUGAAAACUCUAAUGACGAAUUAACAUCUUCGCGCCACGGGCCUGCACUACUAGAAAUUUCUAGUUUGACUUGAUGUCCUGGGUUGUUGCUCGUUCUCUACUGGACGCCCUUUUCUGAAAUUCAAAUGCCACGUGAACAAUGAAAAAAAGAGACAUCGAAGAAAGGGAUGGCCAAUCACUGUUUUACUCUUCAACGCAGAGGAGAAGGGUUAGCCUGCGAGCAAGCUCUGUAUUGACAAUAGCGUCAAGCGAAGGGACAUGCAAGACCUGCCAGUAAAGCGAGGUGAGACGGCGGGAGAACAGGCUGCAUCGCGCGUGACCUACGACGCUUGCGAUUUCCAAACAGACAGCUUACUUGCAGGCUAGAGAAAGGCAAACAACGGUUACAGUGAGGAGAAAUUGUGACGCCCUUUACUCCUUCGUCAAAACUACAAGUUAGUUAACUUUUAAUGCGGAGAAAUAUUCAUCGUAUACAGCUAUUUCGAGAAAGGUUGUCGGAAAAAGUGCUCGCGACAAUCCUGAAAGGUAUUGUGGGUGGUUUUGAGUUCACUGUUCUUCAAAGAAAUUUGAAAGAAUGUCGCGAGAGGCCACGGCCGUAUGUUUGCGAGUGCUAAAAGAACGCAACAAAAUACAGCUACUGUGUCAGGAACAGUGUAUUGAUUGUAUACCACAUUACCUUCCGCGUUCAGUUUUUUCCGACAACCUUUCUCGAAAUAGCUAAAAAGAAGCAUAGUGAAAGACAAAACACGUACAAUAAGGUGUUUUUAAUUGUCUUCUUUUUUUCAUCCUUUCCGUUUUAUUUUCUUUUUCGACUGUUGUAUCAAUCACAUUCUAUAUACACGAGAAUAAAUUAACCCAAAGCGUGUCACAAUAAAAAGGUCUCGGUGGGGUUAACCGUUCGUGUUGCACGAAACUCGUAAGAGAAAAUAAUAGUUUUUUUGUCGCCACAAUUUACCAUUUUGAAAGCAUCAAGAUCGCUAUUUAUGAUCGCAAAAUGGUUCCAAGUGACCUAAGAAACUUUAAUGUGCUUUUUAUCAAUGGAAAAUUGAACACUUGAAAUAGUGUGCAUAUGAUGUUCAAGUGUUCGUGGCUUGCCAUAGUAUCCUGGAAGCAUCGGGUUUUUAUACGUUUCAAGCCCGUGAAACUCCUGGUUUAAGUAAGCUUUUGUUAACCUUAACAGGGGAAAACUAACUGUUAGCCUUGAAAAAGCCAAAUUAUAAACCGUUUUCUAAAAAGUAUAGUUGCUUAUAUAUCUCGUUUUAGAAGCGAGUGCUACGCCUCAGUUGUUCUUAAUUUGCCAUUGAAUUCUUGGUCAAGCCUAAACAUUUUUGGCUUAAGGAAACAGCUUUCUUGGCUAAUACUCGUUUUUGGGUCCUCAGGCACGCUUUUCAGCUGGUCCUUGAUAUUGUAUGGAACAGCUACAGAUCCACUAUCAAGUAACCGACAUGUUCCGACGAGUUCCGUAUACGACGUCCGUACAUUUCAACAGUUGGCAAAGUCUUCAGAGGUUUCUGCACGACCCACAACAGUUUCUACA